UAGAGAUAAAGAUAUCACACAGAUAAUGCAUAAUCCCUAUCACCAGAGCUAUAAAUAUGCCCACCAAGGUCUCUUACCAUCACAAAACAAACGGCCAUCACAUCCCCUUAUCCAAGUCUAACCAGACUAGAUUCAUUUUUCUCAAAUGGCUGCUUCAACAAUGGCUCUGUCUUCUCCUUCUCUAGCUGGCCAAGCUGUGCAGCUUAGCCCAGCUGCAUCUAACAUCUUCGGUGAGGGCAGAAUCACCAUGCGCAAAACUGGAGCCAAGUCCAAGGCUGUGUCGUCUGGCAGCCCUUGGUAUGGCCCAGACCGUGUCAAGUACUUGGGGCCAUUCUCCGGGGAGGCUCCAUCUUACCUCACCGGAGAGUUUCCCGGUGACUAUGGCUGGGACACAGCUGGGCUCUCAGCUGAUCCCGAGACCUUUGCUAAGAACCGUGAGCUCGAGGUCAUCCAUUCAAGAUGGGCCAUGCUCGGUGCUCUAGGAUGUGUCUUCCCUGAACUCCUAGCUCGUAAUGGAGUCAAGUUCGGAGAAGCUGUUUGGUUCAAGGCAGGAGCUCAGAUCUUCAGUGAGGGUGGACUAGACUACUUGGGAAACCCAAGCUUAGUUCAUGCUCAGAGCAUUUUGGCAAUCUGGGCAACACAAGUGAUCUUGAUGGGUGCAGUUGAAGGCUACAGAAUUGCCGGAGGGCCUCUCGGUGAGGUAGUAGACCCGUUGUACCCCGGUGGGAGCUUUGACCCCUUGGGGCUUGCAGACGAUCCUGAGGCUUUUGCUGAGCUUAAGGUGAAGGAGCUCAAGAACGGAAGACUGGCCAUGUUUUCCAUGUUCGGAUUCUUCGUACAAGCUAUUGUUACCGGAAAGGGACCGAUUGAGAACCUAGCUGACCACUUGGCUGACCCUGUUAACAACAACGCUUGGUCCUAUGCCACCAACUUUGUUCCCGGAAAGUGAGGUUUGAAAGCUUGGGAGAGAAGUGAUCGAUCGAAUCAUCUGUGUUUGCAACUGUUGUAAAUGGGAUUUCUUUCAAGUGUGUUUCUGUUGAUGUAACUUGUUUGUCGAUGGAAAGGAAUAUAUCAACAGAUCUGUUUGCUUAAA